UCUAGAUAUGUAAUUCAAGACUUGUUGGGUGUUGGCACUUAUGGUAGAGUUAGCUUGGCACAAGAUAGAGAGAGUGGAGAUCUAGUAGCUAUUAAGGAACUCUCCAAACACAAGGUUAACUCUAUUGGAAUUAUGGACUGGGUCAGAAGAGAAAUCCAAAUACUGAAAACCCUUGGAAAACAUCCACUUAUUUGUACUUUAUUUGAUGUAAUAGAAACAGAAGAAACAAUAUUCCUCAUUAUGGAAUAUGUAGAAAAUGGUGCAAUUGAAACUCCCUAUGACGAACAUCAACAAUUCCCAGAAGAGACCUGUAGAAAAUAUUUCAAACAAAUGACAGAUGCUCUUGAUUAUAUCCACAAUGUACAUAACGUUUGUCAUAGAGAUUUUCAAUUGUCCAAUGUAUGUCUAGAUAAGAAUAGUAAUGUCAAGGUGUGUGACUUUGGCGUUGCUGACUUUUUUACCAUGAAAGAAAAGUCUCACCAACUUUUUGUUGGCAAUAGCAAUUAUAGUUCACCGGAAAUGUUAAUGAAAAAGCCAUACUACGGUCCUGAAAUUGAUGUCUACAUGCUUGGUGUCUGUUUGUACAAAAUGAUGACUGGCUUUUUACCUUUCAGAAAUGCACAAGCUAAAUUGAUGGGUUGCAUGACUGUUCCUCUCGAAGAAGAGGAAGAUAUGAGUGAUGACGCUAAAGAUUUAAUAAGAAAGUUAUUGGAACCAGAGCCUGAAAAGAGAAUCACUAUUCGUCAAAUUAAGCAACAUCCAUUUUAUUUGCGU